AUGUAUGACACGAGAUAGAUGUACUUUGAUAAAGAUUCAUCUCUUCAUAAUAUCAGUAAUCUUAGCGAUAAAAAGGAUUAUCAUUUCUAUCAAAGGGAUCUAUUAGCAGAGUUAAAUCAAAGCCAACAAAGAUUAACAGUUUAAGAAUUAGAAAAUAAAGUAGUGAUGCUAGCGACAGAGAAUGAGAGAUUAAUAUCAUAAUUGAAUGAUAAAAAUAGAGAAAUUGAAUUUUUGUAAGAGGAAUAACGAAUGCUAUAGAAUGCUUAUUAAUCAUAAAAAGAUGAUAGAUAUAGAACAAUAGAAAAUAGAACUACAAAAAUGAUAUAUGAAAAUGAGAAGGUUGUUUUAAUGAAUUAGAGCUUACAAAUCUAAUUGGAAGAACUGUCUUAUCAGUAUGAAUCAUUACAAAAAAAGUUUUAAGUUGAAACAGAAAUGAUUGAAUAAAAAUGGAAAGCUCAUUAUGGAGAAAUGUAUGAACAACAAAAUAAGAAUCUAACAGUCAACAUUGAGAAGUUACUCAAUGAAUUAAAAUAAAAUUCAGAUCAUAUUUAAUCAUACGAAGAGAAAUUGAAGACUUGUACAAAGGAACUAUAAAUGGUAAAAGAACAACUUGAUUAUAAGGAUAAAAAAGGAAAUGAGUUACUUAAUAAUAAUCAAUAAAUUAGUAACAUUUUGGAAUAGUAGGAUGCUGUUAUUAAAAAGAAUAGCGAAAAGAUCUCAUAAUUAUAAAUAUCAUUAGAAUCAUAAGUCAAUGAAAAUAGAUAAUAAAAAUAGAAAUUAAUCAAUCUGGAAAAAGAUAUUGAGAGUAGAAGAAUAAAGUAUGAAGAAUUAAUAAUACAAUUUGAAGAAUUGAAGCUAUUGGAAAAAGAAGAAAGGUUACAAUUAGAAAAAAAUGAUUAAGAAUUUUAACAAUAUAAAAUUGAUAUUAAUUAGAUGAAAUCCAACCUAAACGAAUUGAACAGAAAUCAUAAGUUAUAACAAUAGGAAAAUCAAAAUAAUUAUAACAUGGAGAUAAAUCAUCUUAAAAAGUAAAUUUAAUAAGUGAUUAUGGAAAAUGAAGAUUUAUAAAAACUACUUAAUUAAACUAGAUAAAAUCUAAAUAAUGAAAUUAAUAAAACCACUACCCUAGAAAAGUAAUUAGCAGACAAUGCCUAAGAUAUUUAGAUUAAAGAAUAACAAUUACUUAUGCAAUAUAAAGAGUUAGAAGCUUAAAAGUUGAAAUUCGAUAAAUUGUUUCAAGAGAAUACAUCCUACCUUAAAUAAUAACAAAAUCAAUUUGAUAUUAAAUUGUUGUAAAAUUAACAGCAAAAUAAAUUGUAAACAGAACAAAUUUUAUAAUAAAAAAAUAAAGAAGUCAAUAAUCUAAACGACAGAAUCAAUGUUUUAUUGCAGAAAAUUGAUGAAUAAGCAUCCUACAUAUAGCAAUUAUCCUAUCAAAGUAACAUUAAAGGGGAAGAAAUCGAAGAGACUAGACCGCAAAUUCAAAGUCUUAGAAAUGAAUUACACAGACUUCAAUAACUUACUGUGGAACAGAGUAAUGAAAUAGAUAAUUGGAAAUUAAAGACUAUCCGUAUGGAGGAAAAUUAUGAAAUGUAAAACAAGGACUAACUUGAGAAAUUAUAAAGAUUUUAAGAUGAAAUUCAAUAGAUAUAAACCAAAUUACAUAAAACCUAAGAAGAAAAUAUCAAAAUAACCAAUAAUUUGUAAGAGACCUUAUCUAAUUUAAAUUAAAUAAAAUAAUUGUUAUCAGAAACCCAUUAAUAAUUAAAAUUUGCAGAAAAUAGAAUUGAAAUAUAAUCUCAAGAAUUGGCUGAAACAAGUUAAUUAAGAGAGUAAUUGAGUUUACUUAAAGAUAAACAUUAAAAAGAAAUUGAAGCCUUAAAAAAGGCAGUGGAUUCAAGUUUGAAGGUGAAAAUUGAAAAAGAGAUUGCCUAAGAAAGAGAAAAACUUGAAAACUAUUCAUAAUAGAUAACAUUAGAAAAAAGAGGGUUAGAAAAUGUUAUUUAGAAUUUAAAUACAGAAAAUUAGUUGUUGAAAACAGAAAUAAUGCAAUAAUAGGAAUAUUUCAAGUUGUAAGUUUAAGAUCUCCUCGUAGAUUAGCAAAAAUAUUUGAUAAAUAUAGAUCAUGUUUUUAAAUUAGAAUUAAAAGGAUUAUCUGAAGCAUAAUAAAUAUAAUAUAAUUAAUUUGUUGUGCAACUACAUUCAUAAAUUGCCACAUUGACAGAAGAGAACAAAAAUCUUAAAGAAUAAUGUUAAUAAUGGUAAUUGUAACUAAAACAAUAUGAGAAAUAAAGUACUAAACUAAUUAAUGAAAUGGAGUAUCGAGUAUCAUCUUUAAAAAAGGAUAACAGUAGAUUAAUUGAUGAGAAAUGCUAUGAAAAGUCCAAGAAUACUUUUCUUGAAACUUAAAUAAAGCGUUCUACUCCUGUUAGAGAAGUUCGGUCAUCCUCAACCUAUGUCGUUGGAACUCCAAAAAGAAAUAGAUAUGGUAAGUAGUCAGUCUUAAGAGAGAUAGACUUAAUUAAUCAUUACUAUUGAUAAUCAUUUAGUUUAAACAUAUUCCAAUAAUUUUCCUUAUA